UAUUUUUUAAUGAAUAAACAAGUAUUUUGUCGAAAAAGUAAACUUGGCAUACAGUUCAGUCAUCUUACCAUACGUUGUCGUAUCCCUCGAAAUCCAAAUCUUUCCCCUUAGUCUCCGCUCUUCUUCCUCCUCUCCUUCAUCAUCAAACCUUUCUCUUUCUUUCUCUCUUGUUUCUCUCUCCUCCUGCGGCAAUGGAGGACCUGUGGAAGCGCGCGAAGACCUUCGCCGAAGAGGCCGCGAAGAAAUCCCAAUCCCUGACCCCUUCCUCCUCCCGGAUCGCCGAUCUCGUCUCCGAAACCGCCAAGAAAUCGAAGGAGCUCGCCGCCGAAGCCUCCAAGAAGGCCGACAUCCUCAAAUCCGCCGCGCUUCGCCAGGCAGACCAGAUCAAGUCCUUCUCCGACACAAUCGCAAUUCCUCCCCAAUUCGCCGCCAUUGCCUCCGCCGCCACUUCCGCCGCCACCUCCCCGCCCUCCGCCACGCCGCAGGAGCUCGAGAAGUUCGGCGUCACUGAUGACCUCCGAUCCUUCGUCAAGGGCCUCACUUCCACCACCUUCCAGAACUUUCCUCUUAGUUCCGACGAAUCGGAGGGCUCUGAUGUGACUACUGUGGGAUCCAAUGUUCGGAAGGAUCUCAAUGAGUUUCAGGAGAAGCAUGCCACUCUCGUUUUAACUACUGUCAAGGAAAUUUCAAGAUUGAGAUAUGAACUAUGUCCACGUGCUAUGAAAGAAAGACACUUUUGGAAGAUAUAUUUCACACUUGUCAACACUCAUGUGGCUCCGUAUGAGAAGCAAUAUAUGCAGGAGGUUCAGCUUAGAGCGGCAGCAGAGCAGAAUGUAGAUCCUAAGGAAGAGCAACCUGCUGUUACUGGAGGAACUGGAAAGGCAGAAGCAAUUGGGGGCAAUGUGAAGAGUAGGCCUUCUAAUUCAUCCUCUACUGAACAAGACUUAGAUACAUUUCUUCUUGGAGAUCUUGAAGACAGUGAUGAAGCUCCAGAUGACGGUGAGGGCAGUUUUGAUGAUGAUUUUGACAAGAUUGGCAAUUCAGAUGUUGAAGAUGAGAAGCAUGUGAAGAAAACUGCUGCAACAGUUUAGGAUUCCCCCAAUUACUUUUGGUUGAGAGACUGAAGUCAAAAUGAACUUUGCUGCUUGCAACUAUCCCUGAGAUAUCAGUGAAACCAUAAAGACAAACGGUUGUAGCAGCCUGGAAUUAAAGAAAAGUGGCUGUAGCAGUGUGUAGAUUUGGCGAAUUGGUCGGAAAAAACUGAAGUAACUGGUCAUUGUUUAUUUGUUUACCUUAAUACCCUAUAUAGUGGCAGAUUGAUUUUGGAUAAAAUGGUGGUUCUGAGCCCUGUUGCCUUGUACAGUUGACCUUAUUCUUUGAUAUUGCUUUCAAUUGUAAACUGUUUUAGAACUCUUCGAACGUAUUAUCGCUUCUUUUUCAUUCAGUGAAAAUGUAUAAUCACAUUUUUGUUUAAUGUCGGGAUGAUCAUAUCUAUCUAUAUUCUA